AUGUCGAAGCUUUCCGCUGCUGUUGCCAUCACAAGCACAGUCGCCAGCAAAGUGAAAACGUUCGUUUUGGGAGACGACACCGAGAUCAUCGUCACCUCGCAUUACAACUAUCCGGUGGUGAGAGUCCUAUUUCCCGAAAGUCUCGAAAGUUCUCAUUUGCCAGUGGUUCUAUGUGAUCAUUUCCAUCGGAAUCGCGUUCUGCAGCAUCAGCUGCGGCGUCUGGUUCUUCUGUGCCAUCUGCAGACUCAGACGUACGUUUAGAUUCAUAUUUUGAACUGAUUUGUGGAGCGUUUCAGAAGAGAAGCCAUGUAAUCACACGUUCCAUGAAGCGUACAUCAUCACAGAAGGUGGGCCGGGAGAGAAACAACAGAAGUCGGAGAAGGUGAAGCACGACAAGAAGUUGGAGGCGUUGGGUCAGGCGGAAUCGUUGGCCAAGAGCUUCAAGAGCCGAAGAUCGAAGAAAUCGACGAAAUCUUCGAAGAAGUCGUCGAAGAGAUCGUCGAAGAAGGAGGAGGAUCGCGAGGAGGAGAAGCAGGACGAAGAGGGCGCCAAGCAAGAGACUCCGUCCGGAAAGUCGAAGGCGUCGAAGAAAUCAAGCAGAAACAAGGGAGGACAUGAUCAGUGUGCGAUCGAAAUGGGCCAGAAUGACGAGGGAGGCAAGCGAGGAUACUUUAGAACGGUCAUUUAAAUGUACAUUUCACCGGUAAUCUAUCAUUUUUCCAGCUCGCCAGCGGCAUGUACUUCCCGAGAAAGUGA